ACAUGUUGGGUAAGCAGUGCAGUGCAGGUGAUAUAUACUUGCAACCUCCGGCUGCAUGCAUAUUCGUCCUAGGACCAGCCAAUGGCGCAUCGGGCAGUUGUAGUCUUGCCUGGUUGACUUCAAGAGCAGCUGCCAGCAGUCUGCCACCUUAUAUGAAGUGCAUAGAAUUGAGCAGGGAUUCUUCACAGAAAUCAGUUCCAGUUCCAGUUCCAGCCAGGAGAUAUCUCUUCUCAGGGCACGCAAAAAGUCAUCCAACAGGAGAAAAAUCAGUUCCAGUUUCAGCUGAUCGAUUACCAUGUCUAAGAAGAUAGUGGUCAAAGCUGACCUCGUCGGCAGAGCAUGCAUGAGCGAUAUCCUGUCGGUCGUUGCCACCCUCCAAGGUAUCAAGUCGAUGGACAUCGACGCCGACAAGUGCACGCUGACGGUGGUCGGCACCGUCGACCCGGUGUGCAUCGCGCACAGGCUCAAGAAGAAGUGCUUCGCCGUCAGCAUCGUCAGCGUCGAGGACGACAAGCCCAAGCCCCCGGAGAAGAAGGACCCGUGCAAGGAGGCGUGCGAGAAGCUGUGCAAGGAGAGGUGCGACAAGGUCACCUGCUGCAAGGAGUGCAAGGAGAGGUGCGAGAAGUCGUGCAAGGAGAGGUGCGAGAGGCGCUGCAAGGCGUGGCUCGAGAGCGGCUGCUGCUGCAAGCCCAGCCCGGGCUGCCGCUGCACGCGCUGCGCCGCUGUGGCCGUGCCCAGCUGCGACUACCCCUACUACUCCUACUGCUACCCCUACAGCGGGUGCGGCGGCGGCAGCGGCAGCUGGCCCUGGCCCUACGGCUGCUAGGAGUAGGAGGAAAGCUCGUCACUCAUCAGGACUGGAGGAGCGAGAACGCGGCAGUGUGUGCUUUGAGUAUCAUCAGCGAGUAAAAUGCAUCCACGGUGAUCAAACUUUGAAAUAAUGUGUUACUUAGAUCCUCAAACUCUCAACAAGAAAAAUAACUACCGGAACUUAGCCGGCCUAUCAAAAACCGGGACUGAGCAUACAUCCACGCAUCGGAUGCUAUUUGGAUGGGCCAAACCCGGUUUUGGAUGUGCCGACUACUUAUUUUUCUAGUUUUGAAAGUUCAGGAACUUAAAUGACAACAUAGCACCUCAAUUCUAAGGAUCGCGGAUGCAUUUACUCAUCAUUGUCUAGAAAUUUCAUCGUCUAUGAAUUUCAUCGUG